AUGCUAGCAAAUUCGAUUCCAUCAAUCCUCAAGCAACCCGCAGUGUAUUAUUUAGAUAGUCAGACAUCGGUUCGUUCUAUGGAAGAUUUAAUCACCCUAUGUACAGCCACAAAACAUUAUGUUAUUGAUACGGAAUCAGAUCUUGAUACUCACUUACCUGCAAUUAUUCAGAUCUUACCAAUACCUGCCGACUCCUCAACAACUCCGUUAGUUCUUAUAAUUAUUGAAGUUAAUCACUUACCACCGAAGGGAAAAUCCCGUAUAAAAAUCGAAGAAGUGUGCAAUGUCAUCUUCAAAAAAGAUCAUCAUUUAAAUGGAUGA